AAAUGAUGAGGAUAUCAUCAUCCCAACUGCCGAGAAAAAUUAAACUUUUUCUGAUGUUUGCAGUAAACAGCAGCAGGUAAACUACUCAAGGGGAGCUGUCACAACUCACAGUCACACUUCGCAGUUCGCAGUUUCUCAACGGUCUUCAGUAGAAGGCCGUAAAAAUGGCGGAUCCCCACGUUGCUUCGCUAUCAAAAUUCCCCCAUUCUUCACUCCCCGUCGCCAAUUCUUCAACACCAACUAAACAUCACCUUCAUUAAAAUAAUACAAAAUAUAUCCUCCUAAAUCUCACACUCUGUCUCACUCUCUUUCUCUCUCCUCACUCCAUUAGUCCAUGUUCGCAUCCGAACAUGCACCUAUAAAAGUCGAAAUGUUGCAAUUAUUACAUUUAUAAAAAAGUCCAAACGUUGCAAUUAUAAAAGAACGAAGUACAAAAAAAGUAUCAUACUAAAUCUCACAGUCUGCUCACUCCAUGUUCUCAACCCCACAAAACAACCCAGAAAGGCCACAACAAACACACCCAGAAAGCCCCCCAAAAAUCCAACGAAGCUAUGCUGUCUCUUUCCUCUGUGUUCUUCCUCUUUCUCUCUGUUGCCAUUUCUGCAUAUGGGUUCGGAUCCAUGGGUCCCAUCUCUGCUGCUUUUGGCGGUGAUGAUUCCUUCUUCUGUGCCAUAGAUGCUAGCGGCAAACAAGCAAUCAUAUGCUGGGGUAUGUCACCAGAGAAGACCUCGGAGAAUUUCACCACUAUCCCUCCUAUGGCCGCUCUCUCUGGUGGCCAAGGAUUUAUGUGUGGUAUUACAGCGAAUAACUCGCUAGCAUACUGUUGGGAUUCUAAUGGUACAGGUAAUGAUCUUGUGCCAUCCUUUUACAGUAACAAUAGUUACUCCCACAUUGCUGCUGGUAGAAAUCAUGUUUGUGCUAUUAGAGGUAAUUACUACUCGGAUAACGGUUCGGGUGUAGUUGAUUGUUGGGAUAUUGUUGAUGAUGGUUCAAGUUUGAAUAAGUUGACUUCAAAGCAGAGUGCUCUGUUUUAUGAUCAGUAUGUUAGUAAUGUACAGUUUAAGAGUAUUGUUUCUGGAGAUGGGUUUAGUUGUGGGGUUGUUGCAAAACAAGAGUUGCUUUUUUGUUGGGGACCGAGUUCAGCUAGUUUGGGGAUUUCUAAGAUUUCAGAUAAUUUUGCUGCAUUAACUUCUAGUAGGAAGAGUUUAUGUGGGAUUAUACAACUUUCUGGUGAAGUCAAAUGUUGGGGUAAGAAUGAUUCAUAUUCUGAUCCCCCAUCUCGGGUUCGAUUCGUUUCUUUGACAGGCGGUUCACGCCAUUUUUGUGGGAUUAGAGCUGAUACUCAUGUGGUUGAGUGUUGGGGGGGUUUCAACUCUUCAUCAAUACCAAAGAGUUCUGGGUUUUACGCGAUUGCUACAUCGGAUGUGGCUGCUUGUGGAAUAAGAGAAGAAGAUUUGGUUCUUGAUUGUUGGUUUGUUAAUGAGACUAGUACACCUUCUGAAUAUAAUCCUCCUUUGCAGCUUUCGAGUCCUGGGUUAUGUACUCCCACGGAUUGCAACAUUGGUGAGUUUGCCUUCAAUGCGAGUGCUCUUAAUGAGCCUGAGUUGACUAAUGUUUGCAUACGAAAAGAUUUGCAUAUUUGUUCAUCUUGUGGGACUAAUUGCUCAUCUGGGUAUUUUUUGUCUAGUCCAUGUACCGAAAAUGCAGACAGAAUAUGUACCUCUUGUUCUCUUUGCCAAAAUAGCUCGUGUUGGGAUGUUUGUGGGCUUGCCCAAGUAGAAAUGAAGCGGAGGCAUCAACAUCAGAUGCAAAAGAUCAUUCUCAUAUUGGGACCAUCUAUUGCAGGUUUUUUAUUGAUAUUGAUUGGUUGGUGUCUUUUCCCUUAUUUAUACUUCUUCAAAGCAAAAGAUGGACCAACGAAGCAGUUUAGAUCAUGUAUUGGCAAAAAGGAUCCGGAGUCUGAUGCAAAUGCUGAUACUGAUCCCCCUAUGCUAGUUGCACAAUGUCCCGGGGAAGCACAGAUUUACCGGCUCUCAGAGCUGAAAGAUGCUACAAAUGGGUUCAAGGAAUUUAAUGAGCUAGGAAGAGGGAGCUACGGAUUUGUGUAUAGAGCCGUACUCCCAGAUGGUCAACAAGUAGCAGUUAAAAGAGCAAAUGCGGCUACUAUAAUUCACACCAACAUCAGGGAGUUUGAGACGGAGUUGGAGAUCCUUUGCAAUAUGAGGCAUUGCAAUAUAGUAAACUUGUUGGGUUAUUGUAUGGAGAUGGGGGAGAGGCUGCUUGUUUAUGAAUACAUGGGCCACGGAACUUUGCACGAUCAUCUUCAUGGUGGUCUCUCCUCUCUUAGUUGGACUCUCAGGUUGAGGAUCGCAAUGCAAGCUGCAAAAGGACUUGAGUACCUUCACAUGGAGGCUAAUCCUCCAGUUGUUCAUAGGGAUGUCAAGACAUCAAACAUACUUUUAGAUUCUGAUUGGGGAGCGAGGAUUUCAGAUUUCGGCUGCUCUAAUCUCAAUGAAAAAGAUGUUAGUGAUGAUUUGAAGAAUGAUGUUUACAAUUUUGGGAUAGUUUUGCUAGAGAUUCUUAGUGGAAGGAAAGCAUACGAUGUGGAUUACUCACCUCCAAAUAUUGUUGAGUGGGCAGUUCCCCUCAUACGAAGAGGGAAGGCGGCUGCUCUCAUCGACAGGUAUGUGGCUCUCCCAAGAAACGUUGAGCCAUUGCUUAAGCUAGCUGAUAUAGCAGAGUCUGCAGUUCGAGAAAAUUUAAAUGACCGGCCUACAAUGAGAGCGAUAGCUGAUUCACUGGAGCAGAUUGUAAGGGAAGGAUUAAUGGUGUAGUUGUUGGUGAAAUCUGAUGUUACAUAAAUCAAAAGAAAAUUACAUGGAAGCUUUUGGUGGAGUAUAGCGUGAUUACAAGUUACAACUGUAUAUGUAUCCUGAGCCUCUUGUACAUUAACUUGCCAUUUUGCUCUUCUUGUUUCUAUUUUUCUUCAAUUUAUACAUCACAAAGUGAAGUAAAUUGAAAUUGUUGUAGCAUUUGAGAAUUGUUGUUCUUCAUACGAAUUCAUACAAUAAUACCCUGUUGUGUAAAGUGCAGGGCAUUCAAAUCAUUUCAUUAUAUGCUGAUUUCUUUCUACACACUUCUCGGUAUUUAUUGGUGAAAUAACAAAAAAGUGUUUCACA